GUUUCCUUUCAGUUCUCUUAAUUUGGCCUCGUUGUACCUUCUCUGUGCCUCAGUCACGUUUACGAUUGUAAAGUUUUCAAAAUGACACCAUUACAGUUCAAAGACGCGUUUUGGUAUUUCACAGACGUCGCAGAGAUUUUAGGUAGAAUGACAGCCUCAAAGUUGCAAUGAGUGAAUAGUGACUGAGGCAAACAUUCCACCUAACAUCUGGUUUUAUUUUCCACUGAAGAAAAAAGUCAUACACUUUGGAACAACAUGAGGGCAAACGGAUGAAGAUGCAGAUUGCUCGGCGGUCUCCUUUGGAUCCGUUAGAGUGUUCGGUUGAACACAGAGUAAUCUCAACUCGCCCAGCGAGAUGGAGAUUGUAUGGCCACAGUUUCAAGUCGGACGUUACGUCCUUGUGCCACGAGGUUGCACCGGAGAGCAGCGAAGAGCUGCGUCCACACGCUGCAAACAAAGACGCUGGAAGCAACUCACAAAAGCAUUUCAGAGGGCCCAGAAUUCACCAGUGACAUCGGCUAUGAGACUCUUAUCCAGAGGCUAUGUGAAGGCAGACGAACUUGCAAAGACAUGGAGGAGCUCUUAAAAAUGAGGGCAAUGGCAGAGGAAAGGUACGGCAAGGAACUGAUUACUAUAGCACGCAAGGCAGGAGGUCAAAGUGAAAUUGGCACUUUGAAAGCAUCAUUUGACCAACUAAAAUCUCAAAUGGAGAACAUUGGAAAUUUGCACAUACAGCUCUCUGGAAUGUUACGAGAAGAGGUAAAACGUAUGGAGCAGUUCAGAGAGCGGCAGAAGGAGCAGCGGAAAAAGUUUGAGGGAGUCAUGGAAAAGUUUCAAAAGAUCAAGGUGUCAUUAUAUAAGAAAACCAUGGAGUCUAAAAGGACGUAUGAACAGAGGUGUAGAGAGGCUGAUGAAGCUGAGCUGGCUGCUGAGAAGCUCAACAAUACACCCACUGUCACCCCCAAACAAUCUGAAAAGACACAAAACAAAGCAAAGCAGUGCAGGGAAGCAGCCACAGAUGCUGAGAAGCAGUACAUGUCAAACAUAGAACAACUGGAAAAGAUUCGUCAGGAAUGGGAGACCACGCACGAGUGCACAUGUGAGGUCUUCCAGCAACAGGAAAAUGAUAGAAUUAACAUUCUGAGAAAUGCUAUUUGGGUCCACUGUAACCACUUCUCCAUGCAAUGCGUAAAAGAUGAUGAGUGUUUUGAGGAAGUGAGGACAGUUCUAGAAAUGUGUGACAUCACAGCAGACAUCAACAGUUUCAUCCAGAUGAAAAGCACUGGCACAACUCCCUCAGCACCCAUUGUGUUUGAGAACUACUAUGACAAAGAAACCACGAUGGACAGCAAUGGCGUCGUUCGCUUUGGAGGUGUGAUAAAGAAGUUUUCAAAUCUUCUGCAAGGCAAUUGUGCAGUUGGCUCUAAAAAUAAUAUUCAUGAAUGUACUCAGCCAUCAGCACUCUCAUCUGCUGACAACGCAGAUGGGGUAUAUGCGUCCAUUCCUGGAUUUCAGCAAGAAACACCAAACAAUGCAGCCUUUCACAGUGAGAAAUACCAGGCUCAGUAUGACUAUGUAGCUCAGUGCACUGGUGAGCUCUCCAUCUCUGUGGGGGAGGUGUUGCUCGUGGUGGAACAGGGAGAAGACGGCUGGUGGAUGGUGGAGAGGAAUGGUCAGACUGGGCUGGUUCCAGGCUCCUACUUGGCCAAGAUAUGAAUCAAGAGUAGUAAAGUACUAGAGCGCACUGGAAAGUCUCCCCCUGUCCUUAAAUGGUAUUUAAUAACCGAGUUAUUAAGGGCACUUCUUAUAAAAUAUCUCUGAAAAUCUGUAUUGAUCAUGGAAUCUGAUGUUAGAUCAGCUCUCCUACAGGUUCAGCUGUAAUCAACAACUGGUGAUUAUGGGUGAACAUUCUUAAUGUUGAGAUUUAUAUUUAUUGUUUUAUUAGAUUAUUUAUUGUAAAUAAAAAAACAUCAGAAUGUACAGCAAACGAUGACCACUAUGAACUUGCCAUGAUUUCAGUUUGAUUUCAGUUCACAGAGAAGACUGAAUGUGUCAAUGCAUAGUUUGAAUAGAGAUUUUUGUGUACAAAUAUCUUUACAGAAUUUUAGGCUUGGUCUCUACAACCCCUGGCAAAAAUUAUGGUAUCGCCACACUUGGAGGAUGUUCACCCAGCUUUUUUACUUUGUAGCAAAUAAACAAAUCACAGAUAUGACACAAAAAAAUUUUGUUUAAUAGCUAAACAUUCUAGCUUCAUGAAACAUCCCUCAAACAAAUUAAAUUGCAUUAUUUUAAUUAAUGUUAUAUUUUUUUCCAGAUCAAGUAGAGGAAAAAAUUAUGGAAUCACUUAAUGUUGAGGAAAAAAUGAGGGAAUCACAAUUAGUACUUUGUUGCUCCUCCUCUGGCUUUUAAGAUCAGCUUUGCAGGAUGGAGCCUUAUCAUGGACCAAUUUUUUCAAUUUCCACCAUAAAUUUUCAAUCGGAUUGAGAUCUGGACUGUUUGCUGGCCAUGUCAUUGAGUUAAUAUGCCUUUCCUAGAGAAAAGCUUUUACACUCUUUGCUCUGUGGCAAGAUGCAUUAUCAUCCUGAAAAAUGACUAAACCUAUUUUCUAUCGAUGGAAUGAGAAAAGUGUCCAAAAUUUCAAUGUACAUCUGUGCAUUGACUGUUGAGGUAAUGAUUGCCAUCUCCCCUGGUCCUUUACCUGACAAGCAACCCCAUAUCAUAAAUGACUGAGUAAAUGUGAUUGUUUUCUUCAGGCACUCAUCUUUAUAUAUUUCUUUGAACAGCACCAAACAAAAGUUCCAGCAUCAUCACCUUGGCCGAUGCAGAUUCACGAUUAAUCACUGAAUAUCACUUUCAUCCAAUCAUCCACACUCCAUGAUUGCUUCUCUUUAGCCCACUGUAGCCUUGUUUUCUUCUGUUUAGUUGUUAGUGCUGGUUUUCAUUUGGCUUUUCUAUAAGUAAAUCCCAUUUCAUUCAGCCGAUUUCUUACAGUUCUGUCAAAAACAUUGACACUGUUUCCACCCAUUUGUUUUUCAUUUGUUUUGUGCAUUUUCUAUUUUCAAGGUAUAUUGCUUUGAGUUUUCUAUCCUGACACUUUGACGUCUUCCUUGGUCUACCUGUAUGUUUUCCUUUUAUAACCUUGACAUUUUGUUUAUACUUGCACCAAAUUUUAGACACAGCUGACUGGGAACAACCAACUUCUUUUGCCACACUUCAUGUUGGAUUUCCUUUUUGAAGGAGUUUUAUUAUCAUUCCAUUGUUUCAAUUGACAACUCUCUUGUUCGGGCCAUGUUUUCUCUAAAUUAGUCCAACAGCUCGUUAAGGACUGUAUGCACUCUCUUUUAACUGCAGACUAAUUUGUAUUUUUAGACUUAUGCCUGUAUUUGUUUUAGAAAUGCAAAUUACAAGGUGAUUCCAUAAUUUUUUCCUAAACAUUGAGUGAUUCCCUAAUAUUUUCCUCUACUUGAUCUGGAACAAAAUAUGCCAUUAAUUAAUGUAAUGUAAUUUGUUUGAGGGAUGUUUCACGAAGCCAGAAUGUUCAGCUAUUUAAAAAAAAAAAAAAAAAAAAAACAAUUGCCGUCAUAUCUGUGAUUUGUUUAUUUGCUACGAAGUAAAAAAUCUGGGCGAACAUCCUCUAAGUGUGGUGAAAAGUACAAAAGUAACAUUGGAUUGGACUUCAUGGUCAUCUAACAUUUUAUUAAAGGUUAUAUCAUCCAUAUAUUCAGAGCUCUGAGUUCUUCAUCACUUGGGUGGCAGGAUAUAAUAAAGUUGUGUAAUUAUGA